CAAAAACAUCCUUUUCAAGACAAGUAUAAAUAGCUGCUGCAUUUAUAUGUUAUUUUAUACAUCAGCAUAGCGAUGACAACUAUGGUACAAAUGAACGUAUACUUCAUCUUGUUUCUGGGAUUUGUUGCUUUUAAAGAGGUGAACAGUAAAGGCCUAGGCACUUGUCCAAAAUUUGACAUUUUUACAGCAUGUGUUAUCGAUUUUGAUUUCCAUUGUCUUGAACAAAAACAAUGCCCAUCAGGUUAUCGAUGCUGUGUCCAUGGUUGCAAUAAGCGAUGUGCAGCAGUGACAGUUAAUGGAAAACACUUAGGGUCUUGCCGUGCUUCCUAUGGUAAACGUGGAAAACAAUGUACAGUGGAUAGAAGUUGUGAGGGACAUGAAAAGUGUUGUUAUGGGAAAUGCCGAGAAGUCCGAAAACAAAUUGUUAAGGUUCUUUAUCCUAUCAAAAGUUAGUUCAUUGUAAAAUUAUACUUCUAUUAAUCAAUUUUAAUUUUGUAACCAGUAAAUCACUGUUUGUCAUUUGUGAAAUAAAAAAGAUUCAGUUAA